UUCUUCUUCUCCUUCUCGUCGUGUUCUUCUCGCGUGUGCGCACCCUUCCUUUCUCGACGUUUCGUUUCACCCCCUUCUCCUGGAGCUGGAGCUUGUGUUCCCCGACGCGAGAUGUUUGUGUUGGCGAUAGUUACGUCGACGGUCGUCCUUGUCGUCGUGUUUGUUUUUGUCGUGGUUGGCGUCAGGCCGGAUCCGGUGCAUCGUAGGCACUUCUCAAACGACACGAAAGCUCGAUGGCGGAAGCAGAAUCCCGCCAAGCGUCCACCGCGAUGGUCCUGGAGGAGUUGGAGAGCCAGAACGCCCAGUUAGAAGUCGAGAACGAAAAGACGCUGGAGGAGAAUAAGCGGCUCUUGCGCGAUCUUGAGGAGCUCAACUCGAGCAUGGCCAUGUCCGAACUGCGAGUGAGGGAACUACAGGAAGAUCUGGAUGCUGCGCAUGCCGAGUUAUCUCGGAUUUCUGCACAUGCAGCUCGAACAGCGGUUCUCGAGGCGCAGCUGGCAGUCUUGGAGAGCGAACAGGAGGAACUGCGGAACACCAUCACCACCACAAAGGAGGAGGAGCGGGCUGCGGUCGCGCGAUGGAAACGGGCCGAACGUCAACUUGCAGAGCUCGAAAACCAGCUGGAGCGGAUACAGCGCGAGCACACGUUGGAGCGUGCGCGAUCCAAGAACAUCCUUGAACGGAUGGAACAACGCAAGCUGGCGAGUCAGAGGGCUGGGACAUUCCCUACGACGCUGGCGGCGGACAAGAACGCCAUCAGCCGCUUCAUGAAGGAGAUACUCGCGGAGAAUGGGCACCUGCAGCUGGGCGUCGCAGAGCUGAGGGACAUGCUGGCGCAGUCGCAGGAGGAGAUCAAGAUGCUGCGCGAGAAAUUGGAAGUCAUGGGUAGCGACCACCACAUCCAGGUCGACUCCGGCAGGUCGCCUUUGAGCAUGGAGCUCGCGCGAUCCCCGUCGCCGCAGAGUUCCACGACAGCCGCAGGCGUAGUCGUUCACCACCACCACUAUCAUGCACUCCCCGGCAACAAGGGGAAAGCCAUCAAACCCCCGCUCAGGCGUCCGAAGAAGAAGAAGAACAUUUCCGGCGAUCACCAUAUCGACACACUUCGCGUCCAAGGAUUCGAUGCUGCCAGUGGUUCCUCGAGCAGGGCGCCAAAACGCUGGUCAACGUCAACGGGCGCUCUCUCUUCGUCGCCCACCUCCACUUUCCGUGACUCGUCGAUCUUUGAUCGCAUGGACAACGGCGACGACACCUCGCGUCCGACCAGUGCAGACUCGAACUAUGCACCGUGGCCCAAACAAUCUUGGGGGAAACAUACCCGCAAGGUCUCCCACCCGCCACCCUUCACCAUUCUCAACACUACCCAAGAAGUGUCUUCGGAUCCUGAGAGCAUUUCUCGCUCUCCGCCACAGCCGUCUCCAAUGCGGGCGGCUUCACCUCCCAUUCCAAUCCUAAAGCGCUCGGUAUCCCACGAGAGUCUCUUGUCAAUAUCCGCGCUCGAUCAUUCGGCGUACCACACGUCCCCCGCGCUCUCGGUAUCGUCGUUCACGUCUCGGCGGCCUGAUCUGAGAAGCCAUAGAUCGAGAGUCAAUGAUCCACAAGCAAGCAUCACACACGGAGUGGCAAUCCGAGAUAGUCCCGGAAGCAGCCAGUGGGGAGGCUCAGCGUACAGCCGGCUACUGGGGCUUGCUGAGGGUAGCCCGCCUACCGGCAAGACCCUUUCCCGGAAACCGUCUGCCGCCAGUAGCAAUGGCGCUGGCGGCGGUAGUGGUUGGUUCUGGAAGUACGUUACGUUGGCGCCUGGAGGAUCGAAACCAGGAAGAAGCGAGGAGCCCAAAGCGAAGAAGCCGAUCACGAGGCCGAUUGCUGGAUUCGUCGACGAGGACUUGCUGAGGGAGUCCUUGGUUGACGGGCCAGGAUUGUCGUGAGCGGAGCCGGUGUUUUAUCUAUUAUAUAUACGAAACGGUAUGUUUUUUCUUUUGUUGACCUCUCAUAGCAUAAGGUAGGAAGGAUGUUGGGGGGUUUUUUUUGGAAGGGGAUAGAGCAUUUCUGGGGCGUUUUGGGCUGUUUUUUUGAUUUCUAUUCUCAUCUCCUACACUGGACCGCGAUACCCACAUGCUAGUGCACUUCUCUGCACUCUUCCUUUGUCUCCGCUCUCUAUCGCCACUUCGCACAAUCUUUUUCAUACCCUUUCUUUUCCUUCACUUCAUCUUUGGACGGCAUUUUACAUUGGAACUGGGACUUGUAAUUUCAUCUUUUGGAUAGCAUCGCUUUGUCACGGCAGGUACACAGCGGGCAGCGGUUCUUGGGCUUGCGGACUUCUUGGACAGAUCUCAUUUGCUAUGUCUCUGUACUUAACGCAACGUCACUCCGGGCUUGAGAAGC